GCCUCCUCAGCUGUUUGUCCCGUAUAUAAACUCUGCGUCUCGGCCUCAGUGCGUCCUCGCACCGGCAGCAGCAGCAGAUCCGUCUGGAAAGUUCACAGGAUGGCAGCUCCGAAGAAAGUGUGUGUGAUCGGCUCUGGUAACUGGGGCUCUGCCAUUGCCAAGAUCGUGGGCGCCAACGCAGCCAAGUAUGACCAGUUUGACACCACAGUGAACAUGUGGGUGUUCGAGGAGACGGUGAACGGCCGUAAACUCACAGAAAUCAUCAACACAGACCACGAGAAUGUGAAGUACCUGCCGGGUCACAAGCUGCCCCCCAACGUGUUGGGUGUUCCAGAACUGGUGGAUUCUGUGAAAGGAGCCGACAUCCUGAUCUUCGUGGUCCCUCACCAGUUCAUCGUGAGAGUGUGCGACACCAUCAAAGAUCACAUCAAGAAGGACGCUGUGGGAAUGUCUCUCAUCAAGGGCAUCGAUGCGAGUCCGGAGGGUCUGAAGCUGAUCUCAGAGGUGAUCCGAGGGAAGCUGGGCAUCACCAUGACCGUCCUCAUGGGAGCAAACAUCGCCAACGAGGUCGCUGAGGAGAAGUUCUGUGAAACAACCAUCGGGUGUAAAGACAAAACCUAUGGGUCCAUGCUGAAGGAGCUGAUGCAGACCACCAACUUCCGUGUGACCGUGGUGGAGGAGUCGGAUGUCGUGGAGAUCUGUGGAGCUCUGAAGAACAUCGUGGCGGUCGGAGCAGGUUUCUGUGACGGUCUGGGCUUCGGCGACAACACCAAGGCGGCGGUGAUUCGUCUCGGCCUGAUGGAGAUGAUCGCCUUCGCUAAGUUCUUCUGCACGGCCUGCCCCGUCUCCCCCGCCACCUUCCUGGAGAGCUGCGGCAUCGCUGACCUCAUCACCACCUGCUACGGGGGACGCAACCGCAAGAUCGGAGAGGCCUUCGCCAGAACAGGAAAAAGCAUCGAGCAGCUGGAGAACGAGCUGCUGAACGGACAGAAGCUUCAAGGUCCAGCUACUGCGAUGGAGGUCCACGAAAUCCUGAAACAGAAAAACAUGGUGGACAAGUUUCCUCUGUUUGCCGCUGUUUACCAGAUCUGCUUCAACGGCCACCCCGUCGCCGAGUUCAUCAAGUGUUUGCAGAACCAUCCAGAGCACAAGUGAGGGGCCGACGCUCUGGGAAAAAGGACUUUUGCACUAGAAAACCAAAAAGUUUUUACAAAGGAGACGUCAGCUGAUGUCUGACUCCUCCUCUGAGACGUCUGACUCCUCCUCUGCUCUAACUUAACCCUUCAUACAUGUACGUGUCGUCAGUCUACCAGGUCUUAAAAGUGUGAAGAAUUUGAGUUAAAUACACGUUACCCUGACCUGGAUGUUUGGAAAUGUUUCAUCAUGUCUUCGGUGUCAAGUGACUUUUCACCGUGGUAAAAAAAGCACUGAACACAACAGCCACCCCCCCCCCCCCUUUACCCUAGAUGUAACCGAUAACUGAACAAGGAUUAUUUUUGGAAUAAAUGAUUGUUUAUGGUG